ACGCUGAUUGGCUGUGACGCUCUUUAACGUUUCACGGAGGAGCUCGUCAGCUGGAGUUCGAGCAGUUGCUUGUUUUUAUUCUUAUUAUUGUUAUUUUGGACCUGGAAUAUUCCGGCGCUGGGUUUAUGAUACUUUUAACCCGCCGUUGCAAACCGUCGGACACAUUCUUCCACAGAGAGGAGGGCGGUAAUGUGGCGCCGUCACCGCCGCUGCACACCUUUAUAAACGAUAGGUGAGGUGAGCUAACGUUAGCCGCUGUUUGAAUCGGUCGCUGUCGUUGUCGUGUGUCGGUGUGGUGGCGGACAGACGACACAACGAGGCGCACUCGGUGUGUUUUUGUGUUUUUAAAGCGGCACACAGUCACUUAUACCAGCUUUUUUAGUUCAGUUAUGUGUUAGCGCGGUUGGCUAGCAACGGUCACUAAGCUACCCUUCCACCUAUUUGUCUCCAAGGUGACGGUGGAUGUUGCUACAUCCAUCCCACCACCGCGGCUCUCUCUCUGUCUCUCUCUCGUUUCGCCGUCUCCAAAGACCAGACCAGCCCUGCUCUGCUCUCCUCUGUCCGCCUGGACCUCCGUGCAUGUCGGGCCGGGCCGAUGCUAGGAUCGUGGAGAACAUAGCGGUGCCGCCGGGGGGUCGGGUGAGGAUGUCAGAGCCGAGGAGGGGAUGCCUCGUCUCGGACACAGUGUUGUAGUCGAGUCGCAGUGUACACAAGCGGACCAACUUUUCAGCCCAACUAGCAGUGGCACAUAUAUGGAUGGUGGGGUCGCAGCAUGCCCACCCCCUCGACUACCAUCACACCGCUGGAGGCUGGAGGGAGUAGCAGCAGCGCCGGGGAGGAAGAGGAGCCCAUGUCGGCCACCUCCACCUCCUCUUCUGCCGGCUCCUCUUUCCGCUUCGUCCCGGCUUUCUGCCUGGGCGUGGUGGCGGCAGUAGUGUUUCAGCUGGCCUGGGGAGGCCUGACUCUCACCUCUUUCUUCUUGAAGUUGUUCAUCUAUGUGUCAUUCGCAAUACUGUGUUUCCUGGCCGGCAGCUUUGUGCUGCUAGUCAGGAAAAGUCCUCUCAAAGUCAGCUGCUUCAACAGGACCAGGAGACAGUCAGCUGUGCGGCUGGAGUUCUUCGACAGGCUCAUGGCCCGUUUUCUGGUGCCGGUUCAGGAGUCGAGCCAGAGCAGGAGGGUGGUGGUGUCGCACAACGUGGACAAAGCUCUGAAGGAAGUGUUUGACUAUGCCUACAGAGACUACAUCCUGUCCUGGUACAUCCCUUUGAGUCGUGAUGAGGGCCAGUUGUACUCCAUGCUGUCGGAGGACUGGUGGCAGAUGAUCGGCCAACUGAGAUCCAGGCUUGCUGACAUUGACCUUGUCAACGUGGUGUGUUAUGACACCAUCCGAAUCCUACACACACACUUCACUGACCUCAAGGCUGCAUCCGCAAGACCAGAGGAGUGCGCUCGGCCGUAUCCUCUCCACCCCUGCUUGGUCAGUCCAGACUCGGAGCUGGCCUUCCUCCGCUGUGUAGCUAGAAUACUGCUUCUAUGUCUGCUGCCACAAAAGGAUGCCAGGUCCCAUCCGCUACGCUGCUGCCUAACAGAAGUCAUCACUACUAAAGUGUUGAAGCCUUUGGUAGAAGUGCUGAGCGAUCCAGACUCCAUAAACAGGAUGUUGUUGUCUCAGCUGGAGCAGAGAGAACAGCAGGCUGAGCAGCAGAAGAAAGCCUACACCUACGCUGCCUCCUACGAAGAUUUCAUCAAACUAAUAUCAACGUCUGCUGAUGUCAAUUUCCUCAAACAACUCAGGUAUCAGAUAGUGGUAGAGAUUAUUCAUGCCACCACCAUCAGCAGCCUGCCUCAGCUCAAGAAGCAGAAAGAACGAAAAGGUAAAGAGUCAGCAGCCAUGAAGGCAGACCUGCUCAGGGCCAGAGAUAUGAAACGAUACAUCAAUCAGCUGACUGUUGCUAAGAAACAGUGUGAGAAACGGAUCCGCCUGCUCGGUGGACCAAACUAUGAAAAUAAUGAGGAAGGAGGAACUGAUGACAGCGACGAGCCUCAAAGUCAGAAGAUUCUCCAGUUUGAUGACAUCAUGUGUAAUCCAGGUUACAGGGAGCAUUUCAGAGUUUACAUGGAGAGAGUCGAUAAGAGAGCUCUGAUAAGCUUCUGGGAACUGGUGGAAAUGCUGAAAACUGCCAACAAGAAUGAGGUGCCCCAAAUCGUGGGGGAAAUCUACCAGAAGUUCUUUGUGGAGAGCAGAGAGAUUCCAGUGGAAAAGGUUCUUCUUAAGGAGAUCCAACAGAGUCUGGUGGGCAACAGAGGAACUCAAGUCUUUGUCAGACUGCAGGAACAGGUGGCUGAGACGAUGAGAGAGCGUUACUACCCCUCCUUCCUGGUGUCCGACCUCUACGAUAAGCUGAUCAGACGAGAUGAGCAGCACAGCCAAUCACAGUGUAGCACCGAGGAAAAGGAGGAAGGGUGUCAGGGUCUAGACGCAGGGGAGGCAGUGGGUGAUGAAGGCAGUAAAGGAAUCAAUGAGCAGGCCAGCUACGCCGCCACGAAACUCCGACAACUCUACGACAAACUGGAAUACAAGCGACAGGCCCUGGGCUCUAUCCAGAAUGCACCCAAACCUGACAAAAAGAUUGUGACCAAACUAAAGGAGGAGAUAGGAGCCAUGGAGAGAGAACACAGUGAACUCCAGCAGCACAUCACCAGGACUGACUGGUGGUGUGAAAACUUGGGGCAAUGGAGGGCGACUAUUACCACUGCUGAGGCUACAGAGGAAGGUGGCGAGACAGUAGCUUGUUACAGUGUGUGUGUCAGCCUGGUAGAAGGAGAGGAGAUGGCCAACAGUCGCUGGAGCGUCCAGAGGAAACUCACAGAAUUCCAGAUGUUGCACCGCAAACUCACCGAGUGUUUCCCAUCACUGAAGAAACUCCAGCUACCGUCGCUCAGUAAACUUCCCUUCAAAACCAUCGACCAGAAAUUUUUGGAGAAGAGCAAAACUCAGCUCAAUGCCUUUCUCCAGCGUCUGUUGGCAGAUGAGCGAUUGUGCCAGUCAGAAGCUCUGUAUGCUUUCCUCAGCCCAUCGCCAGAGCACCUCAAGGUGAUGUCAAUCCAGAAGAAGUCCUCCUUUUCUCUGGCUUCCUUCCUGGAAAGGCUCCCUGGAGAUUUCUUCUCCCAUACCGAGGAGGAGGCUGAUGACGACAGUGAUUUGUCAGACUACGGUGAGGAGGGGGACGGGAGGAGAGACGCUCUGGCUGAGCCCUGCUUCAUGCUCAUAGGAGAGAUCUUUGAACUCAGAGGAAUGUUUAAGUGGGUGAGGAAGACUCUAAUUGCACUAGUCCAGGUGACAUUUGGACGAACUAUCAACAAACAGAUCCGGGACACGGUAAACUGGAUCUUCUGUGAACAGAUGUCGGUGUGUUACAUUAGUGUGUUCAGGGACACCUUCUGGCCAAACGGGAGGUUGGCACCGCAUGUCAAGGUCCGAACUGACAGCGAACGCAGCGAAACUAAGGAACGGGCUCAACAGAAACUACUUGACAACAUCCCAGAUGCACUAGCAAAUCUCGUUGGCCAGCAGAAUGCCCGCUAUGGAAUCAUCAAGAUCUUCAACGCCCUGCAGGAGGCUAGUGCCAACAAACAUCUUCUCUAUGUAUUAAUGGAAAUGUUACUGAAGGAAGUGUGCCCUGAACUCAGCGCGGAGGUGGACAACAUCUGAACACACACACACACACACACACAUAUCACUUACCACAUGCAGAGUCUUUGGAUCCUUUAGGCCUCUCUGUAGCUGACCAAUCAUAAACUGCCAAGCUAGACGGGGAGCCGGCCCGUCUGGUCAAACUUCACACAGAAAGCAGCUGUGUCGGAACACAUGCUGAUUCUGUUGGUAGAACUUUGCUGUGAAAUGAUGAAAAGCUGGGGCUGACACCGGACUGAAAGGGGGCUGAUGUUUGACUUUGUUGUGGUACAGAUCUAAACUCGUCUGUCUGAACCGGGAGAAACCAUGCAGAGUCUCGACUUCGUCUCGUUUAGGCAGCGGUCUAACGAGACAGAUCACGUUUGUACCCGAAAGUCCACAUCCACACAAGAACAAAUUGUAUUUUUGACAUUAUGUGACCCAUGUCUGCUGUUUUUUUUUGUUUUUUUGUCUUAUUUGAAUAGCACUGAAACGUCAGAUCUGUAACACAACAAACUGAGAUGAAAUCUUCUGUUUCUGUGUAAGAAAAUCAUGCUGGUCCAUAGAUGAAAAAGGCAGGGUAACAAUUUGUGAAAUUUGAUUGUUAUGUCAUCAAUUUUACAGAGCUGAUCAUCUAAAGACCUCCGAUUAAAUGCAGCAAAGACAGUCGAAGUUCAGAUCGCUGCCACCCGAAGGCGGCGAGCGUGUGUCAUCGCCCACGGACCUCUGAACAUUCCUCCUACACACAACCUGAGCAACAACACUUGUGUUCUGUGAUUCUUGUUAAGGCUUAUAAUUGUGCAAUAUAAUGUCAUGUAAAAGUCAUUGUGAUGAUUUUAUUUAUGAUUAUUAUUGAUAGAUUUUAUUUUUACCAAAAAUUGUCUAGAGAGCGUUUAUAUAAGCAAUAAAUUGCAAACAAAAUGUG